AUGAAGGGCUUUCUGAGCAACGGCAAAGCGAGCGGCGGCUUUGACCCUGUCAAGGUGCGCGCCAGCAUUCGCAUGGCCACCACGCGUCUCGGUAUGCAGAAGAACAAGUUGCUGAACAGCGUCAAGAUGCAGCGCCGCGGCAUUGCAGAGCUGCUCGCGCUGGAGAAGUAUGACUCCGCUCGCAUUCGAGUCGAGAGUUGUAUACGCGAUGAUGUCAAUAUCGAGGGCUACGAGGUGCUAUCGCUCUUCCUGGACCUUCUAGCGAAUCGUGUGCAGCUCAUCGACGAGAGCAAGGCUCUGAGGACAAGCAAGAACAAGAAGGACCCCAGCUCGGCGUGCCCUCCGGAGCUGAAGGAGGCAAUUACCUCGGUACUAUGGGCGAGCGCGCGUAUCGGCGACUCGGUGCCGGAGCUGACAGCGCUGCGCAAGUAUUUUGAGUUGAAGUUUGGGCACGAGUUUGUCGAGAUGUCGACCUCGAAUGCGGAGUUCUCGGUGAACCAGCGGAUGAUGGAGCGGCUCGGCAUGUACGCGCCGCCGAACGACAAGUGCAUUGCCUACCUCACCAGCAUCGCGAAGGAGUUCCAACUGACGAACUAUGAUGAGGAGCGACUCCGAGACCCGAACGGGUUGGUCGCGUCGGCAGCCGCGGCCAGCGGUGGUGGGAUGUUAUCCAGUGGUGGUGCAGAGUUGAGCCAGCAGGUUUGUGGCUCUGUGCGGACGCCGUCGGGCCUGUACGUCCCGCCCAUGCAGCCCCCCUAUGACGCCAUCGACCAGCGGCUCCUGCAGCUGAUGUGUGUCUAG